AUGAAAGCGUUUGAAAAUAUAUUAAGUUCCCUAUCGGUUUCUUUCCAUCAACACCAUUGUCACCGGUGCUCCCUGCUUCUCUUUCUCUCUUUCUCUCUCUCUCCCUACCAAGACUGCAACCAUUGCCGUCUCCGCCACCAUUCAUUCCUCAUCAGUUCCACAAACCGCCCUGCCCUCGACCCCCUCCUGCUUCUACACUGCAACAUUGCCUACUACCAUAUUUGUUUUCAGAAAUCAAUAUCACUUAACUCUCUUUCUCCUGGUUUUCUCUCCUCCUCCGCUUCUUCACCCACUCUUUCUCCUCCGCUUCUUCACCCACUCUUUCUCCUCCGCUUCUUCACCCACUCUUUCUCCUCCACUCACUCUUUCUCCUCCACUCACUCUUUCUCCUCCACUCACUCUUUUUCCUCCACUCACUCUUUUUCCUCCACUCACUCUUUUUCACUCUUUCUCCUCCACUCACUCUUUUUCCUCCACUCACUCUUUUUCACUCUUUCUCCUCCACUCACUCUUUUUCACUCUUUCUCCUCCACUCACUCUUUUUCACUCUUUCUCAUCCACUCACUCUUUUUCACUCUUUCUCCUCCACUCACUCUUUUUCACUCUUUCUCCUCCACUCACUCUUUUUCACUCUUUCUCCUCCACUCACUCUUUUUCACUCUUUCUCCUCUUCCUCCUCCUCUUUUUUUUUACCACUCACUCUUUCUCACUUUGUUCAUGUCUCUGAAGCUUUUCACUCAGUAG